UUUCCCAAUUCAAAUAAUUAGAAAACAACUUAAUUAAUUUUAAGAAAUAAUAUUGAUUUUUAUUGAAUUUAAACCUAAAUUAAUUAUAAUAUAUAUGUAUAGUACCCUAGGGUAUUGCCUUAUCAAGGCUAUACACAGAAAUUUUAUUUAUCACCAAAAUUUAUCAUAAAUAAAAAUCAAUUAAAAAAAAAAUGGCUUAGAACUAACAAUUUCAAAUAUAUUUUUAUUUCAUUUUAAACUCAUUAAUAAGCAAACCGCUAGAUUUUAAUUAGGCGUUUGGCUAUAUUUAUUUAUUCAUUCAUAUUUUUACUAUAACGAAGACAUAAAUAAAUUUUAAAGGUUAAUACCACCCAGUUUAAAAUAGAAAUUUGAUUUUAUAGUCAAUUACUUAAAGGAUGACUAAAAAUUUAAGUUUUAGGCUUCAUUACUUUUAUGUAUUACUUAAGCUAUGAAUUGUUAUUUUGUUUUCUUUCUUUCUUUCUUUCUUUAUUUUACACACACUAGUCUGCCAAUUUUAUUGAUUAUGUCAUUUCGCAUAAUUUUGUAAUCGAGAUGUGGCAAGUUGGGAUAUUUAAAUCAUAUUUAUAAUAUGAUCUAAUAUUUAGUGCGUAUUAUUACAAUUUUUAUCAAAGAAAAUUUUUAAUUAUCAAAUAUUCUUUUAACACAUAAUUUAAUUAAUUUACAUCAGAUCUAAACAAAAAAAAAACCUUUAAAAACUUAAGGGAUACUGUUUAUAGGCAUAUAAUUAAUUAAUUAAAUUAAAUUUGUUAGAAAAAAAAAUUGAAAUAUUAAAAAAUGGAUAUAAUGAGCUAAAAUCUUGUAGGAUCCUAAGAAGCUAAAUAUAAGCUUGCUUUGCAUCUUCAAAAAAGGAAAAAAAUCAAAGAGAUGUAUAGAAUGAAAGGUGUCUAAAUGCUCGAUAAGCCUGAGUUAGUCAUUUCUGAUAUCUAAGAACCUAAUAUAAAGCCUUAAUAAGAUUCAAUUUACUAGAUUAUGAAAAGCGAAUUAACUUAAAAAGGCUACUCUGAUUUUAGGUUUUUAGGUCAGGGAGCAUAGGGAUUAGUUUUAUUAGCAAAAGAUCCAAAAACUAAAAUAAGGUAUGCCAUCAAAGGUGUUUAAAUUAGAGAUACUCAAGGAAAACUUGACGAAGAUCUUAACAAUGGAGUGAAAAAAGAAAUAGAAAUACUCAAAAAAUGUAGAGAUUCUCCUUAUGUAGUCAGUCUUAUAGAUUAAUUUGAAGGAUAAUAAUUUAGUUACUUAGUUCUAACUGAAUGUUAAGGAACUCUCAACUAAAUUUUAGAAAGGAACUAAAACAAAAGACUGAAUGAAAUAUCAGCAAUCAAGUAUGCUAAUGACAUUGCUCAAGGUCUCUACUACAUUCACUCGAAGAACUGCCUUGUUAAUGAUCUGAAAAUGGAUAAUAUCUUAAUUGACUAUCAUGGAAAUGCAGUUGUUUCUGAUUUUGGUUUGGCAGAUAACCUAGUAAACAAAUCUGGCUAUGCUAUCAAUCAAUAUAUGGGAAACUUCUUGUGUCAAGCACCAGAGUGUUAUGACCCAUCUGUUUCAUCGAUAGGUAAGGUUUAUCAUGAUGAAUAUUAAAAAUUAGGUGUCACUGUGAAACAAGAACCAAGCAACAGAAGUGAAGCAUAUUCUUUAGGAUAUCUAAUAUAUACACUUGUCUAGGGAAUAGAUUUUAAUUUAGUAUCAAAUAAGCACAAACCAUUAAAUUAUGAUGAUGAAUUUUAAAAUUUUGUUUAUCACAAAUAGCUUAAAUAUAUUAUUGAAGGAUUAACUAAUUUUGUUCCAAGGGAUAGAAUGCCUAUUAAAGAGGCUUUAAUUAUUUUAAAGGGAAUUAUUUCAUUUGAAUUUAAGUUAGAUGAAAUGCUUAUUGAGAAGAUAGAUGAAAACACUCAGCAGUUCACAAGUUCACUCUAAAAUUAAAAUGAAAUUGAGUUUGUUAGAGAUUUGUCAAAUAAGUUUUACCCAAUCAUUUAAAAUGAACAGACCUUAAACUAAGAGUUAAAAGAAGAUCAUCAAAAAAGACAAUAUGAGGCAAAAAUAGAAGAAGUAUAGAAAACAAAUCUCUAACUAAAAUAAACAAUUAAUGAAUAGGAAUAAACAAUUCAAGAUUUAUACACCCAAUUAGAAUAAUUUUAAGAAAAAAAAUAGGAAAAGAAAGAAGGAUUCACAAAAGAAAAAGACUAACUGUAAAUUAAAAAAUAAGUUUUUAAUAAAAAUAUUAUGAAAAAGAAAGUAUAGGCUAUUCAUCAAUUAAUUUAAUUCAAAAAAAUUAAUUAAUUUAAUAUUAUUAAAAAUAGCUUGCAAUUAAUUCUUUUUGAAAAUUAUUUAUUCACUUAAGAAUUAUUUAUCAUUUACUUUAAAAAAAUUAAUGGCUUAUAAUUUAUUUAAAUUAAAAAAACCUUUUUUAAUCAAUCUUCCAUUUAAAAAUUCAUUAGAAAGUAAAUUCCUUAAAUUACGAUUGUGUAUUUAUUUAAUCUCAUAUUUCAAUAGCAAGUAUAUUUAUUAUUCUUUAAUUAUUUUUCUCCUUUUUUAAUUUUUUUAGCACUCAAAAAAGAUGUAUUUUUUUACAACCAAUUUUAACAUAUCCUAAAUUUUUUAAUUUAAAAGGAAGUAAAUAACUUUGAAAAUCAUGAUGAUAAACACAUAAUCUUAUUCUUUUAGAGGGUUAAAUUUUUAUCUAUAUAUAUCUAUUGCUUAGUUCAUCUAUUUUUCUAAUAUAGAUUGUAAUCACUCGUCCUUUCCUUAAAAAAUACUAAAUUUACUUACAUAAUCAAAAUAGCAUGUAAAGAUUUUAUCAUAAAAUGCUCAAGUUAACUUUCAUAUUUAAAAUAGACUGUAAUUAAUAUUUUAGAAUGA